CUGCCGCGGCCCCCGCCAGAGCCCCUCGCCGGGAGCCGCGGGCCGAGCGCUGCAGGGAGUUUUCCGGGGCAGGGCGCGGGCCCGGGCUGGCGGGUUGGGGGUGCCGCAGGACUCUUCUCCCCGACAGGUCCGGGCUGGGAGCGGGCUUGGCGGCUCCAGCGCUGCUUCCCUGCCAGAGCCGGCGGCGCGGAGAGGCGCCCGGGAGGGGGCACUGCACCCUGAGGUGCUCGUGGAGAGGCUGGAAGAGCUCUGGUCGGGGCGCUCCAGGCGCAGCGAUGCCCGCACUCCGCCACCGGCAUUUCGGGGUUAUGGGCUGUGCCAGGCAUGGCCGGGUGCUGGGCUCUUGGCCUGGCUUAUAUGCCCCCGAGCCCUGCCCCUUCUGCGCAGGCCAGAGUGGGGUCUACAGGGCUGGCAGGGCCAGGACGGAGAAGACGGUUGGGCCCAGAGGAUGGGCAGCCCCCAAAGGGAAAGCAUGGCAUCACUGCCCCCAGUGCCAGAAGUGCUUCAAGCACAGCUCGUCCCUUUGCACCCACCGGCGCCUGCACGCAGGGGAGAAGCCCUAUGCGUGCCCGGACUACGGGCGUUGCUUCCGCCAUGGCUCGCACCUGGCCACACACCAGCGCCUGCACACGGGCGAGAAGCCCCAUGUCUGCCCGGACUGCGGGCGUCAGUUCCGCCACGGCUCAUCCCUGUCCACACACCGGCGCCUGCACCAGGGGGAGAAGCCCCACACUUGCCCAGACUGCGGCCACUGCUUCCGGCAGAGCUCCCACCUCAUCGCCCACUGGCGCCGGCACACAGGUGAACGCCCUUACAGCUGCCCUCACUGCGGGCGCUGCUUCGCCAGGCACUUGGCCUUCACCACCCACCAGUGGAUCCACACGGGCCAGAAGGCCCAUGCCUGCCCAGUGUGUGGGCGCAACUUCCGCCACAGCUCCUCGCUGGCCACCCACUGCCACCUGCACAUGGGCGAGAAGCCCCAUGCCUACCCAGACUGUGGGUGCUGCUUUCGCCAGGCCUCCCACCUCAUUGCCCACCACCUCCUACAUACUGCCAGUGGUCCCUUCCACUGCCCUGGCUGUGCGAAGGCUUUCCAGCAUGGCACCCAGCUUCUACGGCACUGCCGGAGGGUGCCGGUGAUGUUUGCAGAGGUUGCCGUGGUAUUCGCAACAGCUGAGUGGGCCCUGUUGGAUGAGAGCCAGCGCAUGCUGUACAGGGAGACCACCCUGGAGACCUACCAGAACCUGGCCUCCCUGGGGGUCCCUGUCCUCAAGCCCCAUGUUGUAGCCUGCCUGGAGCAUGGAGAGGAGCCUGUGGUGGUUGCUGCCCAGGGCCCUGGCGAUGUGGAAACCUCGGCAGGCACCUGCACAGGGACUGCCUCAUGUCUGGAUUCUUCAUUACCCCCCAGUGGUGAUGGAUGCCCCAGAAGGUGGGACAUGGACCCCAAGGGCAGCCUGGGGAAGCGUUGGCCCUGCGCCAUCCCCAGUCGUGUGCUAGCACAGACUGUUGCUGUGACUCCUAGUGCCGUGCCAGAGAUCCCCCACGGCAGAGCUGCUGCCCCCAGGCCCCUGGGGCACCUGCCCCCCAGACCAGUGCCCUCGCCCUGCCUUCAGGCUGAGGGCAAAGGGCAUGGGGGGCCAGUGCACCCCCAAACCUGCCAGCCUUGGGGGCUUAACAAGUGGCCUGUGCCUGUUGGGCUGGAGCUAGGCCUGGCCCAGACCACAGCCCCCUCUGCUAGCCUGGGGCAGAGGCGCCUGGGGGAGCUGCUCUGGACCAAGCGACAUCUGUCACUGUCCAGCCCAGGUUCUACCCCCUAGCGGCCAGGGGCUGUCCUGGGGGAGGGGGCUGGGCCCAUGUGCACAGCCUAGGACAGGGGGGUGAUAGGCUCUCUGGGCAGGAAACUUACAGGGUAGGGGAGGGGUCUCUAGGUGGGGAAGGCCUAUGGACCCCACAGGGAUGGCAGACCCCAGUCAGAUAAGGGGGUUGGGG